AUGACCUCCGGAGAAGACUCUGAUGACGGGCAUCCCGUCCGGAGCACCUCGAAACACAUUUCCUCCAAAGCCACCUCUAGAAUCGCGUCCAUUUCCAAGGCGUUUUCCCGGGGCUUGCUGGGAAGGCGAGCUGAGAACGCCCCUCGGAAGCCCAAGGGGCUGGCAGCCGACUACAUGAGAGCUCCGCCUUUUACCGAUGAUAUUAAUGGGGAAAUGGUUCCCCCCAACUUCAAACUCCCAGUGUUGGAGUCCUACGAUGAUCGAGGUGAUCCCGAGAAUCACCUCCGCGCCUUCAUCUCGACAUUUCGGCUGUACUGCGUCCUCGACGCCGUGAUCUGCCGAGCCUUCCUUAUCUUCCUGCAGGGUACUGCCCGAAAAUGGUUCUGGUGCUUGGAACCUGGGAGCAUUUUCUCGCUGGACGAGCUGGUUGAUAGGUUCAUCCACCGCUUCGUAUCGUCUCGCCCAGUUACGAAAACCUCGGCCUACCUACUGAACAUACAACAGGCUCCCGGGGAGUCUCUGCGUUUAUAUGUGCAGAGGUUCAACGAAGAAAACGUGCAGAUACCUGACCAAAACGAGCAGGUGACCAUAGCUGCCUUCACCAAUGGGUUGAUCGUGGGAACGUUCCACAUCGAAAUUCAUUGGGACUACCCGCGGACACUUCGGGAACUCUGGGAAAGGGUGGAUCGAGAUAUCCGAAGUGAGGACCUGAAUCGCAUGAAACGGGAAGCCCAAGCAGCCCGCACUGGACAAGAGUCCCGAAGGAAGAAAGAAAUCAGCAGAGUCGAACAGGGCCCCAGCGGCUCGUUGAACCCAUUCCGAGAUUGUCGGAGCGUUUUUGAAAGAAUUGCGAAAGGGAGGUCGUCCACCUCGGAUGUCGAGAUAACACCUCUCAACUCCAGCCAAUCUCACAUUCUGGCGGUAAUGAGACAAAACCAUCUCGAUCGAGACCCUCCCGAGAUUCUGGGAAGGAGGGAGAAGAGGAACCCCAACCUCUACUGUGCCUACCACUGGGAUGUUGGGCACGAGACCGAGAAUUGUAAUGAUUUGAAGAAAGAAAUCAAAAACUUGAUCAGGCAGGGAUACUUGAAGCAGUUCGUCCGCAAGAAUGUAGGUUUCAAUCGAAGCGCUUCCCACCGAGAUAAUGGAGGCCAUCGCCGAGAAGACAGACGGGACACGAAGAGUUAUUGCCGUGGGCCUGAGGACCAUAGGGAGGACCAAAGGUCUCCCCGAGACAGGUCCCCGAGCUACGACCCUAACAUCGUUGGGAUCAUCAACACAAUUGGGGGUGAUCCGACAGGAGGAGACAGUCAGAAUUCCCGGAAACGGACCUACUGUCAAGCUGGCAUGGAGGCUGCCGAGUCGAGCUCCAGGCUAUCCGAGGUGAUCACUUAUGGUCCCAACGACCCUAUCCCUGCCGCCUCCAGCAAUCACGAAACUCUCGUGAUUGAAGUUCUCACCAAUAAUUAUAUAGUCAAUAAGGUCUAUGUCGAUCCCGGCAGCUCUGUAGACGUCCUGUACUACAGAACCUUUGAAAGUCUGAAGCUAACCAAGGAGCAGCUUACCUCCGUCAGGACCCCUCUUGUGGGAUUCGGGGGACACGUGGUCCACCCUGAAGGGAUGGUCUCCCUGAUGGUAACCAUUAGCCGCAAUCCCCGCUGCCGGACCGUCCCUGUAAGCUUUGCCGUGGUCAAAGCCGAUUCCCCCUACAACAGGUUGAUCGGUCGGCCCACACUCAACGCUUUGAGGGCCGUGUACUCCACCUACCACCUGAGUUUCAAGUUCCCAACACCUGUUGGAGUGGUCGAGGUGAGUAGCGAUGUAAGCGCGGCCAGGGAGUGCUACCUCGCCACCAUACAGGCCGCAGUCACCCCUCAAGCUGAAUCAAAGGCUGAGGGGAAGAUGCCGGACGUCCUCUCCAUAGGCUGCAUCGACCUUCAGGACGCCGGAAAAUUCGGCAGGCUGGAGGCCAGGGACGAGGUGGGAGAGGUAGUCCUUGACGAGGUGAGACCCGACCAUGUGAUCCAAGUGGGAACAAGUCUUCCCUCGCCCCUCAGGGAAGAAAUGAUCAACUUGAUAAGGUCGCUGAUGAGGUGGUCGGAGUGCCCUCCGAACUUAUGA